ACGCCGCCUUGCUGGGCACACCUAACAGUGUCUGUAGACUGCAGAAAUACUGGAUGCGAUCGAAGAUUCAAUGAUGAAAUUGACAAGCUAACAGGAUACAAGACAAAAUCACUACUGUGUAUGCCUAUCCGAAGUAGUGAUGGUGAGAUUAUUGGUGUGGCACAAGCGAUAAAUAAGAUUCCUGAAGGUGCUCCAUUUACUGAAGAUGAUGAGAAAGUCAUGCAGAUGUAUCUUCCGUUUUGUGGAAUCGCCAUAUCUAAUGCUCAGCUUUUUGCUGCCUCAAGGAAAGAAUAUGACAGAAGCAGGGCUUUGUUAGAGGUGGUUAAUGACCUCUUUGAAGAACAGACUGACCUGGAAAAAAUUGUCAAAAAAAUAAUGCAUCGAGCCCAAACUCUUUUGAAAUGUGAACGUUGUUCUGUUUUACUCCUAGAAGACAUCGAAUCACCAGUGGUGAAAUUUACCAAGUCCUUUGAACUGAUGUCCCCAAAGUGCAGCGGUGAUGCUGAGAACAGUUUCAAAGAAAGCAUGGAGAAAUCGUCGUAUUCUGACUGGCUAAUAAAUAACAGCAUUGCUGAGCUGGUUGCUUCAACGGGUCUUCCUGUGAAUAUCAGUGAUGCCUACCAGGACCCAAGGUUUGAUGCUGAGGCUGACCAGAUAUCUGGUUUUCAUAUAAGAUCUGUUCUCUGCGUCCCUAUUUGGAAUAGCAACCACCAAAUAAUUGGAGUGGCUCAGGUGUUGAACAGACUUGAUGGGAAACCUUUUGAUGAUGCAGAUCAACGACUUUUUGAGGCUUUUGUCAUCUUUUGUGGCCUUGGUAUCAACAACACAAUUAUGUAUGAUCAAGUGAAGAAGUCCUGGGCUAAGCAGUCUGUGGCUCUUGAUGUGCUAUCAUACCAUGCAACAUGUUCAAAAGCUGAAGUUGACAAGUUUAAGGCAGCCAACAUCCCUCUGGUGUCAGAACUGGCCAUUGAUAACAUUCAUUUUGAUGACUUUUCCCUUGACGUUGAUGCCAUGAUCACGGCUGCUCUCCGGAUGUUCAUGGAGCUGGGGAUGGUACAGAAAUUUAAAAUCGACUAUGAGACACUGUGCAGGUGGCUCUUGACAGUGAGGAAAAAUUACCGGAUGGUCCUGUACCACAACUGGAGACACGCUUUCAACGUGUGCCAGCUGAUGUUUGCGAUGCUGACUACUGCUGGGUUUCAAGAGAUUCUGACGGAGGUGGAAAUUUUAGCUGUGAUUGUGGGAUGCCUGUGUCAUGACCUCGACCACAGGGGAACCAACAAUGCCUUCCAAGCUAAGAGUGACUCCGCGCUUGCCCAACUCUAUGGGACCUCGGCUACCUUAGAGCAUCACCAUUUUAACCAUGCCGUGAUGAUCCUUCAAAGCGAGGGUCACAACAUCUUCGCUAAUUUGUCCUCCAAGGAAUAUAGUGACCUUAUGCAGCUUUUAAAGCAGUCAAUAUUAGCAACAGACCUCACGCUGUAUUUUGAGAGGAGAACUGAAUUCUUUGAACUUGUCAGUAAAGGAGAAUAUGAUUGGAACGUCAAAAACCAUCGUGAUAUAUUUCGAUCAAUGUUAAUGACAGCCUGUGACCUUGGAGCCGUGACCAAACCGUGGGAGAUCUCGAGACAGGUGGCUGAACUUGUAACCAGUGAGUUCUUUGAACAAGGAGAUCGAGAGAGAUCAGAACUCAAACUCACUCCUUCAGCUAUUUUUGAUCGGAACCGGAAAGAUGAACUACCUCGGUUGCAACUGGAGUGGAUUGAUAGCAUCUGCAUGCCUUUGUAUGAGGCAUUGGUGAGAGUCAAUGUGAAACUAAAGCCUAUGCUGGAUUCAGUGGCUGCAAACCGAAGUAAGUGGGAAGAGUUGCACCGAAAAAGACUGCUGGUCUCAGCUGCCUCCCCAUCCUCAACCAGCCUCAUGGUGGCUGAAGAAGACGGAAACUAAACCUCUGUCUUCUCGGAGCUGCUGCACAAUGAGUGUGGCCUGAAGGACCAGCUCCAACCCAGCCAUCUCAUCCUUUUGUUCUCAUAGCUCAAUCAGACCUGAAGUCUUGGGGAUGUGGAUGCACUGGGAAGUGUUCUGGGCUCUCAGCAUGGAGUGCUCAGCAGCUGAGAACAGUACAGAAGCUCAAAGAAGAGGAGCGUGGAGCCUCAGCUGCCCCUGAUGAUUGCACAUGGGCUGAGACAAAGGCUUUCGGUACAAGACUGGUUUGGACCCGCAGACCUGGGGACAGCCAGGUCUGCCCAGUCUGAGUUGAGGGAAUAUGGAACAGUGAAAGCAUGCUUACUGCUGCUUCAUUCAGUAUAUGCGCUUCAAUCUGUUACGAGCCAAACACUGCCUGAUUCUGUAGCCUUUCCUAGAGUGCCCUUUUAGGCCAGACUGUCCCAGGAAUCCAGCUUUGUAUUCCAUAGAGGUAUUUUAUUUUCAGUCCUACAGCUUCUUUUUUUUUUUUCUUUUAAAGAUAAAUAAGAUGGUUUAUCUGGGGAAAUAAAGGAUGAAAAAACAAGAGGAUAGACAGCUACCAUGUGGUGCAAGGGGACAUCAGGGCCGAGUACCACACCUACAGCUUCUUGAUGUCAGAUCAGAGCCUCCAGAAUUGCCUACCUGGAAGAUAAAAGCUAUACUACCCUUAUAGACACCAACCAAUCCUAAUGCCCCCAGAAGUCCAUAGCAGUAAUGCAGCAGAUGUGUUUGUGUGAUUGAUGUUUACAUAAGAUUUGUAACCUACAGUGAGAUCAUGGUCCUACUUUGCAGUUUUCAAAUUCAGCCUUCAUUGUAAACCAAGACUUCUCCCAGGAGAAAUGGAUUCAUAAGCUCUAAUUAAAGCAAAGAGGAAAGGAAAUCUAUAGCUAGAUUUACCCCCCCGCCAAGUGACCUAAGAACAUCUACGAACUAUUUCCAACAAUGAGAGGUAUUUCACAGGACACACAGCAGAGCAUUGGAAACUGAACACUGACUAGCUUGAGUUCUACCAAGGACAAGUUCUGGUAUGAAAUAUUCUACCACUAACCAAUGUAAAGCCAAAUGCAGGAAUCCUCAAUUUUAUAUUAAGUGUAAGAAAGGAUGUUUGAAAGGUUAAGAAACAAUAGUCUGGGCAGAAAGCACAUAUUCUAUAGGAAGUCAGCCUCAUAAUAAAUAAGAAUAAACUCUAUUGAAUAGAAUGCCUCUCAGCCGGGGUUUUAGCUCAGUGGCACUAUGCCUGCCUCGCAAGCACAAGGUCCCGAGUUCGAUCCCUGGUACCAAAAAGAAAAAAAGAAAAAAAAAAAGAAUCCCUCUCUCUCUUUACCUGAGGGAUUGAGAAUUGGGUGUGUCUUAUCCAAAGAAUGCUAGGCUAGAAGUUAGACUUUUACUGUAUUUUUGUCACUAUUGAUUGGAUGACCGGGGACAAGUCAUUAAACUUUUCUGCAUUUGUUUCCUUAUUUGUUAGAUGAGUUUACAGUGAUUUUUAAACAUGUAUUAAUUUUAGAGCUCUCUGUUAAAUAAAUCUUUCAGUGAAUCUCCAUAAUAUUAGAUAUCUAAAAACUGAAGUUCUCUGCUUGAAGAAGUUUGUGGAUCUAUAGUCCCUACACAUCUUCACCUCUGGUUAUUUACCUGGUGGUCCACAAAGGGACUCUGAGGACUUUGAAAAUCUCUGCACUAAAUGAAACCUGAGAUUUAUUCCAGCUCUGAAAAAUCUAAAAUUUGCAAAACGUUUUUUAGUUCUUAUAUUCACUGAUCAGUAUUAGUUACUAAUGUUACUAACCGAAUCUUAAAGAAAUAGGGGCCAGGCUCCACAAGGACAUUAUUUCCCUGGCACGCAGGAGUCACUUGGGAAAUGUUUGAAAAAGAAAUUAGUAAAAUUAAAAUGUGAAAAUGGAAGUUAGGGAAAACAGAUAAUCAUAGAGAAGAAAUAAGUUUUGUUAUGGCAAGAAACAAAGUAAAUUACAACCCAGACAAGGAGAGGGAAUAAUGGAAGGAGAAGGACAGAAAAAAAAGACCAAUAAAGAAAAUAUAGAAAAUGAGGCAGGUGCUAAAGGGGGCUGCCAAAGGAAAAGGGAAAGUCAAUCCAGACAAAGAAAAAUGGCACUUCCAACCACAAAAUGGAGGUGUAGAAUCUCGUCAGUUGUUUAAGAUAAAGACAACUGAGCAGGGAGGGGUUUGACCAAAAAAGAGAAGGAACGAAUGGGAGCCCUAAAAAAAUAAUGUUUCUGGCCACCCUUUACAGCUGUCUCUGCAGGGAAGGCUGGAGAAACUACAGGAGAAAAUGAGUGCAGGAAAAAUUGCCUCUGCAGAGCAGGUAAGAGGAGGUCGUUCCGAUUUAUGGAUUUUAUUAAGCCAGUUUUCUGAAUCACUCCUCCAUAAAGGAAAAUAGCUUCUGCAGGGCUGUCUCUCUUCCUUCAGGUGAGAAACAAAGGCUGGGUGGAGUUAGGAGCAGACGGGUCUGCGAGAUCCUCAGGCAUCUGCAGCUGCGAAGCGCUGCAGGUGCUUCUGGUACUGUGCCAUAUCACGACGAUCUCACAAACGGGAAUUGAAAAUCAGUCCGUGUUGAGGCAGAGAUGAGCGUACAUCUGUUAACUUCCCCGACAGAGAAUAAAUAAAUAAAUAAGUAAAUGGCCAAGACAAACGGACGCCAGUCCGUGCACAGCAACAUUCGAAAGCACAGGCUUUAUGAUAAAACUGGACGUAGGGUCGGUGAGAGACCACAGGCAGCUAUAAACACAGUAGCUACCCUGAAGCUUGAUGCUGCAUAUUGCUAAGGGGAACAUAAUUUAUAGCACAAACCCUACAGCUUCCACUAAGGUUGAGUUUUACUCUCAUUUUCUUGCCUUUUUAUUGGCUUCACUGCACGGUUGCCAAUAGCAACAUCCACUGGUAGCAAGGGGAGUUCAACACCAUUGCAAUCUGCCGUACAGCGGAGCCCUGACAAUGUCAACCAUCAAUCAAGUAGCUGUUUGUAAUUGCCUCCAUCUAUUUCUCCUGUCUCCAGAUAUCCUUCCUAUUGUGGGUCAAGAUUCAGAAACUGCUGACUAAUGCCACGAUCUGUCCCUCCAUGACCACGAAGCAGUGGAAGUGAGGGUAGCAGCCUUCUUGGUACCAACAGCCCUGGGGGUUGGAGGUUGAACUUCUGAAAAUUUGAAGUACUUUUAAUCCCUUUAUAAAAUAAUUUAUAAUUUCCAAGAAUGUGAGGUACACGUGGUUUGCCAUAUAGUUUGCUUUUCCAAAACAAAGAAAAAGAAAACUCCCCAGUCCUCAUUAUUAGUGUUUAUUAUAAUUAUCUAAGUAGUCCUUCUAUUGAAGGGAGGCAUUCGAAAUGUGAGCCUCCUUGCAAAACCUCAAACUGACCAGAUUAAGUAUGCUUCCUGGGGCCUCUUGAGACUAAGAGUUGAAAUGACAUCAUCCUAUAUUUUCUAUGAGAGGUAUUUUUUUUCAGACAUAACAUUUAUUUAUUAUUAGUCAAUAUUGCAAAUAACACCCAUUUGGCCUACAAUACAGCCUAUCCUGACAGGUAAGAACAGAGUGGUAUUCUGUGAGAGUCACCAUCCAGUGCACAGUAGACUGAGGCUCCACCCUACCUGGCCACUGGCUGGACCGGUAAUCUUGGGACUGUCCAGGUCUUAGGUUUUCCAUCUGUUAAAUAAAAGCAAUGACAUUUAUUCCAUUUCCACACCAAAGAAUGAGCUGUGUUUUGCUUUUUAAAUUUUUUCUAAAGCGUUUUAUUUUUUCUUCUCAGAUACAAUACUACCAAACCUAACGAGGUCAUCUUCUCACUAAAGAUAGAAUAAAGAAUUACAUGUGUGCAGUAUAUAUAAAAACAAUAUAUAUUUUUAAAAUGUAUCAUAUGGUCACUGAUACAUUUUGAAAAUAUAUAUCUGUAAUUUCAUCCAGAACAAUUUUAGAUUUUCUCAUUCAUGGGUAUCCCAUAAAUGAUGUCAUUUAUUUAUAAGUAAAUUUAUAAGGUGAGUCAAAAAAGUUAGCAUUGUAUGUGCAUUUUCUGUUUCUAAAAUCUGAGGUGCCUGUGCAUUUCCAGGUAUUUUAUAUUUGCAAACAUUGGAUUAAAAAUAAUCUUCACAUAUUUUGUAUUCGAGGAAUGGUAAUAUAUUAAUUCUCCUGGAAUUUGGUUGCCUUUUCUGUGUAUUAAAUUUUAUCAUACUUUAUUCAUUUAUCUUAAGUCAUUAAACAAUCUGCUCAAUUUACUCUGCAGUACAAUUAUUUUGAAACCUAUUUCUAAAACAAAAACAAUUUUUAAAAAAUCCAUUUUUCCUGAUAAUUCUUAUAAAUUUCAGAAAGACAAAAAGACAGUCUCAUCUCCAGUAACAGUGUGAAACAAUUUCCUUCAAGUGGGACAGAAAUCUAAAUAUAUUUGGGAAAGAGUUAAAUAUAAAGAAAAAUGCUUUGGCUGGCGGGGGAAAAGGCAAAAAGGAUUUAUUAAAGCCAUGGAAACAAAACUAAUUUGGAACCUUAAAAACUGGCGAUGUCCCUGCAGUGAAGUUUUAUUAUUUGCCUCAGAAUAAUGGUCUCUGAAAUUGUUAUUCUGCCAUGUGCUGUAAAGAACUCCCCAAAUUCAAAUGUACUAGGAAUUUAAAGGUUAAAUCUGGCUUCAAGGCCAAAACUUCCUAAGUUUCCUAAGUGAACAAUAAUAGAAUAAAACAUAUGGAUGGCAGAAAUAAAAUGAGGUGUAUCUAGAGAAUUUCAUGGUGAGCAUUUCUAUUUAGCAAUGCCCAGUGUUGUCCAUAUCACUAUCUUUCCCUUAACUAAUCAUUUUUGGUUGUGCAUCUACUUUAAUUUUGAAUAUUCUUGCAGAUUUGCUAUCUCUCUCAGCAGUGCUAAAAAUAAAUCAUCUAUCUGUGUAGCAUAUCUACACCAAUGUCACUGAACGUAUA